AGAUAUUCAUAUUCAAUACCGCCCACUGUGUAGCCAAAGACCUCAAUACCCUGGCUUGACUUUGCUUCUGGUCAUGGAUACAGCAUACAAUCUUACUUAACCAACCUCACCCUCUCGGCUUCGACGACAUGGACAAAUACCUGAGGACUUGGAGACAAGACGCCCUGAACAAGGGCCAGAACGAUGCGGCCAUCUAUAUUGGUGACAAGGUCCUCGCCUUGACGAACAAUGAUUCCGAUGCAUUCUGGCUGGCACAGGUUCAUUUUGGCAAUAACAACUUUACACGCGCCCUCGGUCUGCUGUCCAGGAAAGAUCUCAUAGAUCGGAGCCUGUCUUGUCGCUACUUGGCUGCACACUGUUACAUAAAACAAGGACGAUAUGAACAGGCUCUCGAUAUUCUGGGCGAAGACAACCCAACCCAUUUGGUGACAACUUCUCACAAUGCUCGGAGGAAACUGGCCCACAUCAACGGACAUGCCUCAAGGAACGUUACGCACAGAGGGAUCAGGGCUCAAAGAGAUCGGAUUGAGCUUAGCGAGGAACGAGAAAGAGACCGAGAAUCGGAGAAAGAAUUAAAGUUCCAGGCAGGCAUGUGUUAUCUGCGAGGCGUGUGCUUCGCUAAGCGGAAUGCCUUUGACAGAGCCAGAGAGUGUUACAAAGAUGCCGUACGGAUAGAUGUCCAGUGCUUCGAGGCAUUUGAUCAACUCAUGAAGAACUCGAUGCUGUCGCCUGCGGAGGAGCUGGCUUUUUUGGAUGAGCUGGAUUUCGACUCAAUACGCAUUGAUGAUCAGUCUCUGGCCCAGGAAGCCGCCCAUUUCACGAAACUCCUCUACACUACGAGAUUGUCCAAGUACUCUUCACCGGCCACGCUGGCAAACGCUACCGAGACCCUCUCGACUCAUUAUAACCUUGCCUCUAAUCCCGACCUCCUCCUCACCAGAGCCGAAACAUUGUACACCCAAUGUCGGUUCUACGACGCUCUUGCAAUCACGACAAGUAUUCUGAACUCGCAAGACAGCUCAACAAGCUCCCUAGAUGCUUACUCGAAAAAUACGAAUGCUUCUCUUGGUCACAGUCCACGUCUGUACCCUCUUCACCUUGCCCUUCUCUUCGAAACAGGAGCGAACAAUACAUUGUUCCACCUUUCUCACACACUGUCAACUCAUGCCCCCCACGAAGCCUACACAUAUCUUGCUAUUGGAACCUAUUACCUGUCAACCUUUCGAAUAGCCGAAGCGCGCCGUUUCUUCUCGAAAGCAUCUUUAAUGGACCCUCACUCCGCACCAGCUUGGAUUGGCUUCGCGCACACCUUUGCUGCAGAAGGUGAACAUGAUCAAGCAAUAGCUGCCUACUCUACUGCCGCGCGACUGUUUCAGGGUAGCCACCUUCCGCAGCUUUUCCUCGGAAUGCAACAUCUUGCCCUGAACAACAUGCAGCUAGCGUGGGAGUACUGCUUAGCAGCGUUUGAAAUGAGUAGCGGCACCAUUCAAAGUGGCACAGAAGAGGAAUUCUCCAAUGGCAUCUUCAACGGUACGACUAAUCUAGGAGGCGACCCUUUAGUCCUGAAUGAGAUUGGUGUCAUCUUAUACCACCAGGCCAACCUGCCUGCCGCCGCAAAACUAUUCCAUAAAUCCUUGGAACUAGCUUCUGAAUUAGGAUGUAAUAUGACUGCGUGGGUCGCAAGCAGGGCUAAUCUGGCGCACACUUUACGCCGGUUGGGUCGAUUCGAAGAGUCGCUGGCUGAAUUCGACGAGUGUUUGAGAACAGCGACGGGAGGAGCGGCUCCAGCCUCAGCCUUUGAGCCUGGUAGGGGUAUGACCGCUUUUGCAAAUCUUAGCCUGAAUGGCACAGGCAUGGGUCUCACUCCGAGCGGAGCAGCCAGUGGUUACGAUGAGCGAAACCUCAUUGGAAGCAUACACACGAGUAGAGGCUUGGUCCUUCUCAGCAUGGGCGGGCGGACAAGAGAGGCCGUUAUGGCCUUACAUGAAGCCGUCCGAGUCCUCGGCGGUGACGCUGGUGGCGGUGGAGUUGCAGGAACACUGCUUUCUCGAGCCAUGGAGUACUGGGCUCUCGAAGAGGAUCUUGAAAUGGACGAUGAAGAUUCUGCCUCACAAGCGGGGUCUGUCGUGGCUGCCAGAGGGAGUCUGAGAUCUUCAAAACGAAAGGGCAAGGAAGUUGUUUCUACCAGGCCCUCCGCAUCCACAAAGGGAUUGAGCAACGAGCGCUUGAUCGAGCAAAGAAUGGAUGGUGAUGCAGAUGACAUGCUCGAUGCCGCUCUAGGAACUGUACGAUGAAGAUCUGUUCGCAUGACCAAAUCUUGCCGCCACAGGUCACUGUUGAGGACCGAUGGUUCAAAAACUUUGGAUUCGAGCUGCAACAAUUGGAUAAUCAGCAAGAAAUCGAAGAUGUUCCUUUUGAAUAUUCAAAAAGGGGGUAGUGGCAGUUUGCCAACGUCUUCCCGUCGGUGCCUUCAGGA